UUUUUCAGGGUUCUUUUCAUGGUUCUUCACAGGCCACUCAUUGUUUAUAAAUAUUUGUCCCCGUCAUACCAGGAACAUUCAGUCUUUCUAAAUGGGACACAUGUUCAUGACUUCCUUCCAGUAUUGAGAAACACACACGCACACACACACACACACACACAUACACACACACACACACCCCUCGGUAUUUUAUGAACUACGUUGAGGAGAUAAGAGAAGUGAGCAGAGGAACACUGAGAGACGAGUUAAUCUGAAGGAGAAGGAAGAUCAACUCAAACAGUUAAAGAGACACGGAGGAGAAGGAUGUCACUAAACACCACCGAUCUCUAUGGCAAUGACUCAUUUUCCUGCGCCUCCCCCUCGGUGGAAGGUUACCGCUACUUCGGUGUGUUCUGGGGUUGCGUCGUGACCGUGGUGGGAACUCUGGGGAAUGUCCUGACCGUUCUAGCCUUCGCCACUGACACCCGUCUGCGCACUCGCUUCAACGUCCUCAUUGUGAACCUGGCACUGGCCGACAUCCUGUACUGCACCAUCCUGCAGCCAGUGAGCGUUGACUCCUACCUGCACCUGCGCUGGAGGGGUGGAGCUACCUGGUGUCAGAUGUUCGGGCUCCUCCUGUUCCUGUCCAACAGCGUGUCGAUUAUUACGUUGUGUCUCAUUGCUCUGAGUCGAUACCUGGUGGUUGCUCAUCGGACUUCACGAGUCGCACGGCAUCUGUUGUCUCAGACGGGCGUCGCCAUGCUCCUCGUAAGUUCCUGGGCACUCGGUCUUGCCAGCUUUGCUCCUUUGUGGCCUGUCUACGUCUUCGCACCUCAGGUGUGCACAUGCAGCUUCCACCGCAUCAAAGGUCGCCCUUACACCACCAUCCUGCUCUUUUUGUACUUCUUCCUCGGGUUGGGCUUCGUUGGACUUUUCUACUUUCUGAUCUAUCGCAAGGUGCGUGUCGCCGCAAAGGCGCUGAUCAAGUACAGGCCAAGUCGACGUUCCUCAAGACGCAAACAGCCUGAGCCCGAAGGCACGGAUGGGGACGAUAGUGGGAUUGGGAUUGGGACUGCAGCGACUCAGAGCAGUGAAGUCAGUGAGCAAGCCGUAGAGAUACACCACAGCAAGACCAGCACGAACGAGCCUCAAACCAGUUCCAGUGUCACCAAUGCUGUUAAUGUGGUAUCAAAUGGAACAAAAGAUUCCCCCAAAGCGGCAGCUCCAACUCCAGCUGCAAAACCAGCCCAAGCAACAUCCUCAGGAGAAGACAACGAGUUUAAACGUGUAACUCGGAUGUGCUUCACUGUCUUCCUGUGCUUUGUAGGAUGCUUUGCGCCUUUUCUGAUCCUGAACAUAGUGGAUAAAAAAAGCCAAGCUCCACAGGUGGUCCACAUGUUCUGUGCAAACCUCACAUGGCUUAACAGCUGCAUCAACCCGUUGCUGUACGCAGCCAUGAACCGUCAGUUUAAUCAGGCCUAUCAGGACCUGCUGGCCAAAGCAGCGUGGCCAAUAAUGCAAUUAUGGAAAAAGAGAUGAAAGAUAUGUAGCUAAAGCUUCAUCAACCAAGAUACUCCUCGCUACAGAACAAAAAUCCACGGGGUGGAGCCGGACCUGAUUCAACCGCUCCUAUAACCUCUAAUACAUGAGACACUCCACAAGAUGGAACAACAAACAUACUUACUCAAGUGUGAAGUCUCCAACCUCUGGGCUUUUGGUUCUGCAUAGAGGUGUACUUGCAUCAACCUGCAGAGAUUCUCACUAAUCAUAACUAAUACUAGUCAAUGCUAAUAACGCACAAAGCAAAACUGCUGACUCGAGCUUGACAGAAUCUGUCAUCAACAACACCUAGUUCCAUAACGCCUUAUUUACUAACAUUAAGAGAAAUACGUGAUUAAGUGUAAACUAAAGACCCUAUAUCUAUAUCUCCUUUUGAAGUAUUUUUGUAUCUUUACUGCAUGUAUUUGAAGACUGUAUAUUGUUAAUAAACUCCGAAAAGCCAG